GGGGAGAGAUUGGGGUCUGGAGGUCCCGCUAAGGUGGGGGCCGGGGCCUUCGAUGCCCCGCCCACCUGGACCAACUCUUGCAAGCUGGCAUCAGCGUUCUCUGCUUCAGUUAUUUCUCAUGGACGCAGGAGUCCAGACCCCUAGCCCCGUCUUCACUCAGCACCCAGGAGCCCAGCCACCCAGCUACCUCGCCAGUAAUGGAGUCAGGAAGCCAAAGGCCUUGGUCCCCUCCCAAGUAAAGGACUCAGAAGUUCAGAUUCCCAGCCCUUUUCUCCCCCAGACUUAAGAAUUCAGGUUCCCAGUCCCCUUUUCCAGAUUCAGGACUCCAGAGGCCAAGUCCCCUCCUCCCCCAGGGCUUCCAAAUCUAGAUCCCCAGCACCUUCUUCCCAUAGAAGUCCUGAUCCUCAUUCUCCCCCUGGACUUCAGAGCCCUGUCCCCGGUGCCAUCCUCCUUCCAGUCCUCCCAGGCCUGACCUCCAAUUCCUGACUCCGACCCCUAGAACCCCCAGACCUGACUCCAGAGGAGCGCAUGGAGCUGGAGAACAUCCGGCGGCGGAAGCAGGAGCUGCUGGUGGAGAUCCAGCGCCUGCGGGAGGAGCUCAGCGAGGCCAUGAGUGAGGUUGAGGGUCUGGAGGCCAAUGAGGGCAGUAAGACCUUGCAGCGGAACCGGAAGAUGGCGAUGGGCAGGAAGAAGUUCAACAUGGACCCCAAGAAGGGGAUCCAGUUCUUGGUGGAGAACGAACUGCUACAGAACACACCCGAGGAGAUUGCCCGCUUCCUGUACAAGGGCGAGGGGUUGAACAAGACGGCCAUCGGGGACUACCUGGGGGAGAGGGAAGAGCUGAACCUGGCAGUGCUCCACGCCUUCGUGGAUCUGCAUGAGUUCACCGAUCUCAACCUGGUCCAGGCGCUCAGGCAAUUUCUGUGGAGCUUCCGCCUCCCUGGAGAGGCCCAGAAAAUUGACCGGAUGAUGGAGGCCUUCGCCCAGCGAUACUGCCUGUGCAACCCUGGGGUUUUCCAGUCCACAGACACGUGCUAUGUGCUGUCCUUCGCUGUGAUCAUGCUGAACACCAGCCUCCACAAUCCCAACGUUCGCGACAAGCCAGGCCUGGAGCGCUUUGUGGCCAUGAACCGGGGCAUCAAUGAGGGCGGGGACCUGCCCGAGGAGCUGCUCAGGAACCUCUAUGACAGCAUCCGAAAUGAGCCCUUCAAGAUUCCUGAGGAUGAUGGCAAUGAUUUGACCCAUACCUUCUUCAACCCGGACCGCGAGGGCUGGCUCCUCAAGCUGGGAGGGGGCCGGGUGAAGACGUGGAAGCGGCGCUGGUUCAUCCUCACAGACAACUGCCUCUACUACUUUGAGUACACUACGGACAAGGAGCCCCGUGGAAUCAUCCCUCUGGAGAAUCUGAGCAUCCGUGAGGUGGAUGACCCCCGGAAACCUAACUGCUUUGAGCUUUAUAUUCCCAACAACAAGGGGCAGCUCAUCAAAGCCUGCAAAACGGAGGCCGAUGGGCGGGUGGUUGAGGGUAAUCACAUGGUGUACCGGAUCUCGGCCCCCACGCAGGAGGAGAAGGACGAGUGGAUCAAGUCCAUCCAGGCGGCUGUGAGCGUGGACCCCUUCUAUGAGAUGCUGGCAGCGCGGAAGAAGCGCAUUUCCGUCAAGAAGAAGCAGGAGCAGCCCUGACUCCUCCUCCCUAACACUAUUAUUUAUUUUGGAGCUGCCCCACCUGGGUGGCCGGACCCCUGGGCCCUGGGGCUGUGGACCCUGGUUCCCCAUUUGGAAGAUUCACCACCUCUAGCUCCUCUUUUCUCUUGUUAUUUGUAAUUAACACACUGUUGGUAAUCUUAUUAAUUAUUUAACCACUUGAGGUUUGCGCAUCCCCUCAUUUACUGCAGUUUUCAGAGUUGAGGUACUUGGGUGGCUGGCCAGUCGCAGACGUCUGUGUCUGCUCCUUCUCCGGUGCAUGAGGGCAGGGUGCUGUCCAAGGGCGAUGUCCACAGGGUCUGUCCUGGUGGGUCAGUUGCUGGGGUGGAGUAAAGCGAGCAGAUCAAUGUGGAUGGAAUUAGCAUUGAGUUAAAACAGGCCGUUCCAAUUUCCAAGGGGAGAUUUGGUUUAGAAUGCAGGUAUACAGAAAGCGAGGUCUAGCAUUCAUUCUAGAGGUUACUUUGUGAGUCUAGCAUUCCUUCCGAGGAGCUCUGAUGGCGCAAGGGUGAACCGCUCAGCUGCUAACUGAAACGUUCGAACCCACCAUUGGAUCUACAGGAGAAAGACCUGGCAAUCCGCUCCUGUAAAUAUUACAGCCUAGGGAAUCCAGGGGGCAGCUCUACUCUUGUCACGUGGGGUCGCCAUGACUCAGAAUGGACUGAGGGCAUCUAACAGCAAGAGCAUCCAUUCCAGACAUGAACGUUUCUUCUGUAUCUGCUGCAUGAUGCGCUCCCAUGGAGACCGCCUGAGCCGGUGGAUGCCGUCCCCACAUUUGCUCUCACAGAGCUCUGUGGUCUCUGAGGGGCGGCACGUAGUAGCUGAUGGGGCUGUGAGCUGUGCUGAGUGCUUUGAGGGGAAGCUAGGCAGCUCUAAGAGCUUCUAAAAGGGAUCUUCUCUGGGAGGGUCGCGAAAGGAUGAAUCUAGUGAAGGAAGGAAGAGGGCCCAGAGACUGGAAUGCGAAGCGCUUGUUAAUGCCAUAGCCCUAGGCGGGGCGGUGUGAUUGGGGCACAGCAAAAGGGAUCUAGUCUCAAAAGUAGGGUGGGGGCGGGCUUGAAGGUGUGGUGGGCGGUGAUUCGGGCAGGCUUGGAGCUGAGAGAGCCGGACUGUCAGCCAGGGUGGGAUUGAGCAGCAUUUCUCUGCGAGCAGAGGGUCAGCGUCCUUUGGAGGACACUCUAAGGAUAGGCCUGGGAACCCGCAUUUUCAGCAACUUUCCCUGACCCCUUUCCCGGGAAUGUGACACCCUCAAAAAUGUAAAGACCGUUUUCUUUGAAGAUAG